AUGCCUCUUCCACUACAGGCUGGUGGCGGUGCCAGCGAGACGUCCCGCUCUCUUUCGAGCGUCGACCCCGUCGUUCGUGCGCACCUUGUCAAAAUCUUUGAGUCUCUGGUCGACUGUGAGGAUGGCACCUGGAGCCACGAGGCCAUCUACUCGUUUGUACAGAAGACGCAGCAGCUCGAUCCUUCGACCACCGUCGAUGAAUUACUCGCCCGCGAGUCGCUUGACCUCGACGGCUUCAUCGCCUUCAUGACGUCGUCGCUCGCAGCGGCCACGACCCCGCCCAAGCCUCAGGACCUCUCGUAUCCGCUCGCCGCGUACUUUAUCAGCUCCAGCCACAACACCUACCUCACGGGCAACCAGCUCUCCAGCGAUAGUUCUACUAGGCCCUACACUGAGACCCUGCUGCGUGGUGGUCGGUGCAUCGAGAUCGACGUCUGGGACGGUGAUGAGUCGGACGCUGAGGGGACAAGCAGCCCCAGUAGCAGCGACGAGGAGGCGGGCAAGCCCAUCAGGAGAAUCAAGAAGAAGAAGGGCACAUUUAGCAAGCUCAAGGCCAAGCUCGGAAAGACGACCCUCGACGAUGACGCAGAGGCCGAUCCCGCCUCCGCUUCCGGCGCCGGUGCCGAAUCUACGGAGCCCGAAGUCGCCAUCGUUGAGCCCCGGGUCCUCCACGGAUACACCCUGACCAAGGAGGUCUCGUUCCGCGCCGUCUGUGAGGCCAUCCGAGAGAGUGCCUUUGUCGUCAGUGACCUUCCUGUGAUCGUCUCCCUUGAGGUUCACUGCACCCCGGGUCAGCAGAUGUGCAUGGUGCGCAUCAUGAAGGAGACCUGGGAAGGUCUCCUCGUCCCUGAACCCGAGGGGGACCCAGAUGCGUUGCCCAGUCCAGAUUCGCUCCGCCGUAAGCUCAUCGUCAAGGUCAAGUACGCACCACCCGGCACCGAAGCCCCGUUGGAGGACAGUGAGGAUGACGACCAGCCUGCUCCUCCAGGGGCAGCGGCGGCAGCAGCAAAGAAGGUAUCAAAGGUGAUCCAGGAGCUGAGCCGCAUGGGUUUCUACUCUCGGGGCGUCUCCUUUAAGAGCCUGACGCAGCCCGAGGCCGGAAUGCCUACGCACAUCUUCUCGCUGUCUGAGAAGAAGGUGAUUGAUGUGCACGAGAAGCAGGCGUCGGACCUGUUCAACCAUAACCGCCACUUUCUCAUGAGAACGUACCCUUGGGGUCUGCGGAUAGGAUCGUCCAACUUGGACCCUGCCAUCUUCUGGCGUAAGGGUAUUCAGAUUGUUGCCCUGAACUGGCAGAGAUGGGAUGAGGGCAUGAUGCUCAACGAGGGCAUGUUUGCUGGCACAGGAGGUUACGUCUUGAAGCCUCCAGGAUACCGACCAAACCGUAGCAAGGGAGACGACGAUGGGGACGACGCCUCUUUCAACAAAAUCACCCGCAAGACCCUUCAUCUCACCAUCACCGUUCUCGCCGCCCAAAACAUCCCCCUUCCCCCUGGUGACACAUCCGCCCGUGGCUUUGAGCCUUACGUCAAGGUCGAGCUACACGUCGAGGGUCCUGACGAGUUCCACGGCGGUCCCAUCCCCAACGACGGCCAUGAACGUGAGGGCGAGUAUAAGGCCCGUACGCGGACUCACCGCGGCCAAGCCCCCAACUUUAGCGGCGAGCGUCUCGAUUUCCCCCCUGUUCCCCACGUCGUGGAUGAGCUCUCAUGGGUGCGCUUCACCAUCCGGGAUGAUGAGAUCGGAAAGGACGAUCUGGCUGCUUGGGCCUGCGUGAGGCUUGAUCGGCUGGGACAGGGAUAUCGCUUUGUUCAUCUCAUGGACUGCGAGGGACGUGUCACCGAGGGAGUCGUUCUUGUCAAGAUUGACAAGAAGCUGGUUUAGUUAAUUCAUCUCUACCAAGGACCACUUAAGUUGAAUAAUGAUGACAUGAGAUUCAUA